UGACCAAAACCUUCUGAGUGGAUUUGGAAACUGAAGGAAGCCCAUGUAUAUAUGUGUGUAUUUAUAUGCACAGUGGGCUUCUCUCAGUUUCCGUCUACCAAAUGCACUCACAUGGCUUUGGUCAGCUCAAGGCUAUAAUAGAAGACAUGUGUCCAAGGUGCCACACCACUGCAUGACAACCAGUUUUGGUGUUUGCAUACCUGUAACUUAGCAGUUUGGCAAAAAAGAUCAAUGGACUAAGUACCAGGUUUAAAGAAAUAAAUACUGAGUAGAUUCUUUCGACUGAAAAACUCUUCAAGGCGAUGCCCCAGCCUGGCCACUGAAACGAGUAAAAGACAAAAGAUAAAAAUAUUUUUGAGGGCGGAGAAGUUCGUCAAUAUCAUUGACUGGUCUUUAAUUUUCGACCUUGGAGGGAUGAAAAGCGAACUUUGCCUCAGCGUGAUUUGAACUUAUUGCAUAAAGAGCUGGAAGAAAUAUGCUCAAACAUAUUUUGUCGGAAGCUGUAAUGAUUCUGCUAAUCCUUGGUGAGGAGACAUUAUUCUUACACAUCUCGUUACACAAGCUUUUCUGCGACCUCAUAGUCUUCCUUUUCUCUAUCAUUAAUAAAGUUAUUAUGUAAAUAGGGUUUUGUUGGGGAAUAAACGUCCCUAUCUAUCCCACGAUAUCUCGUUUAUCCUUCAGUUUCACUCACUAAAGCAGACAAGGUCAACAUUUAUGCUUUAUUGUAUCUAAUACUACUUAUCCUAUGCCUUUCUUUUUGUAAAAAAAAAAAAAAAUGGCAGAGUUUAAAAUGAAGGAAAUCUCACAAUAUUUAGCAGGUUGAACGACUACAUGGAGGCUCCUCAUGAAAAAAGCUUUGUAAGUUUUAUUUCGGAUUCGUUUAUUGUUAACAGUUAUCUCCCUUGAAAUAGCUCAGUAAAUUAAUACAAAAUCCGCUCUGGCUUUUAUAGCUUUCCUACGUCACCAAAACACAGAUUAGAUAUGAUUAAAAAAAAAAGCCAGCUGUGUAUCAUGCUCAAUGUAUGUACGCUGUUGAUAGGCCAGACACAGUAGAUUUUCAUCUGGAGAUAACAUCUUUUAUGGAUGUGCUGUGUUAAAAACAAUAAAUAUUGGAGUGAGACGAAAACUCACCCCAGCAGCAACCAGCAAGAAUACCAGAAGCAUUUUCGCCUUUCAUUGACUUAUAUUCAUAGCCUAUCCCUAGUGUGUAUACAUUAAGUAUGAUCCAUAGAUGGUCAUUUUAAUUUAACCUCUUCAUAAACUUCUUUUCUUUUUUGAUUGGAAUAGACAUGUAUCUUCUCUACUCUGACACAUCUGUUCCUGUCCUUCUGUCAUACUUUAACCAUUCAUCACCUAGCAUAAAGCCACCUCAUUCAAUACUGCACCCACCCCUGUUGGUCAGUCUUAUCUUCUGAGUACCACAUAAAAAGCUUCUAGUAGUCUAUGUAAAGUCGAUGGCAUUAGAAAGGGCAUGCAACUGUAGAAGCCGUGCCAAAGCAGAUAUCGGAACUUGGUACAGUCCUCUAGAUUGUUGGCUUUUGUCAAAUCAUCCAACCCAUGCCAGCAUGGGAAAAUGGAUGUUAAAUGAUGCUGCUGCUGAUGAUGAUGAUGAUGACAACGAUAUGGGCAUGUGUAUUUGUGGUUGUAUAUGUGUGUGUGUGUGUGUGAGUUAUUAGGCCUCAACAAAAUAAUUGAAGUUGUGGGGGAGACAAAAAUAGAGGAGGCGGGGACUUGAGAGAUAGAGAGGGGUGAAAGGGGGGAGAAACUCUGGUAGAAGUGUGAAGGAGGAAAGGUGGGAGGUAGAAACUCGGAGGGAAUUGUGAAAUCAGAGGAGGAGAUGGGGAGAAUGUAUGAUUGAUGAGGAAAUGAAAAGGAAGGAGGAAAAGAGGCAGAAGAUAUGUUGGUGGGGUGAAGGGUGAGGAAUAGGGGUCCAAAUGAUUUAUGAGAGAUGAAGACAUGAUAAAGAAUGGAAGUGACAAACUGGGAAAAUAGAGAGAAGGAAAAAUGGAAGAAGAGAUAGAGAGAGAGAGACAGACAGGCAGAGAGAGUGGGAGAGCUUGUGUGGGUGUUUGAAAUUUUCAACCAAAGGUUAAGGAAACAGAUAGAAAGACAUUAUGCAGUGGAGAUGCACAAAGAGAAAGGGACAGACAGACAGACAGGUAACACCAUUGACAGUAUAAAAACAGACUGUUAUACCGUGAAAGUUUACAAUCUCUAUGACACCAGUGCAGUUGCAUACAUGGGUAUAUAUACAAUAUACACACUUGUAUAACUUUAUAUGCAUGUAAUAACAUAUAUACAAAUUUUUUUUAUAUGUUAGUGUAUUAUAUCGACAGUUUUAGGUACAUGAUAUAUACACAUAUAUAAAUAAAUAUAUAUGUGUAUAUAAACACACACACAAGAUUGUCUGAGAAGUGGAUCCCAGAGAGAUAAUUCUAAUCAGAAGUGAGCAGAAAAUUAUAAAAAGUUCCACAUUAUUGGGUCACAGAAAUCUACUCAAGUCAUAUAACAACAUGAAACCAUCUCGGAUGAUAAUUCUGCUGAUGUUCUAUGGUGUAACCAGUGCUUUAUCAGGAAUUGAACAUUUUACACCCCUCGUUUCCUACUCACUUCCUGGCAGCGGCCAACUUGGGGCCUUUUCUCGAUACACAAUAGACAGGUGUGCAGAACUUUGUCUCAAAACCAGGCCAUGCAUUUCCUUUGAGUUUGAUCUAUUUUAUGAAAUUUGCUAUUUAUCCAAGUUCAACAGAAGCAAUUACAAUUUGGUUACCAGUAAAACAAGAAAUUACUAUGAAUUAAACACAGAAUCAAAAAAUUUGGCGGAACCAAACAUUCAAGAAGGUAAAAAUGAAGAAGUCCAAAUUGAAAAGGGACAAAAUCUUGCAGAUGAUAAAGCAAAAGAUAAAGCUGUAGAUUCGUCCAUUAAAGAGCAAUCGCAAAACUGGGAAAAUAAAUUCCAUGUCAACUCUGAACAGAGCAGUUCUAAAGCAGAUGCUUCAUUGUCAGUAAAUUCACCAAACCUCAAUCCAUCAGGAAGAUUACCAGAAAAUGUCAAAAGCAGCUUAAAUGAACAUAAUGUGGAUGCACCAGGUGUAUUUGAAGACGGAAAGACAAAAGGGUCUGUUGGCAGAAAUAAUGAAGAUUUUCAACAUAAUCUGAUUAAUGAUUCUGUGAUUAGGUCUAAUAAACAAUUACCAAAUCUUGAUCGAUUUGGACAAGAAUAUAAGUUUCAGGUCAAUGGACCGACUUCAUUUGAUAAUAGUAACCAAAACCUUCCAUCUGGUGUCAAUACAGAAACAAACGAAAAUGGAAUGGUCCAGGAAUCUCCACAUUUGACUCGACAGAAUUUCUUUCCAGUUGAAAGCAUGGGAGUGACUACAGCAAAGAAGAACCCUUUUGAGGAUGGUUUCCGAAAAGUUCACAAUAUUCAGGGACGUUUACCAUUUCUUUCAAAGGGCCAGGGUGAAGAUGAAAUCAUGGAGGCAAGGAAUGAAAGACCUUCAGCUGUUCCGAAUGGGAAUUCAAGAGAUUUUCAAAUAAGCGGUAAUUUCUAUCAUGGGGCUCCUGGAGAACUGCAGGAUCACACGUCAUCAUUAUACGUACCACCAAUAUAUCCUGUACCACCAGAGUGUCACCUGAAACCAUUCCACGAGGACAGACGAUAUUACCUGGAGUUUGUCCCUGGUCAUGGAAUGAGACCUCGACCUUGUUCUGCAGGCACUAUCUAUAAUCACACUAGAUGUCAGUGUGUCAUUGGAUCUGUUGAAGUUACAGAAUGUGAACCAGAAUUCUUCUUGGACUUCAAUUACCAAAUUGCUGAUAAAUCAAGGAACGGUCUCCCUCUCACUGUGUUUGGCGUCUAUCCGCAACAAGGGGCAGGUGUUUUUAAUAACGACAGUCACAUUAAGAUUUGGCGUUUCUCUGAUGCUCACAUUGGUAACAAGCUAACAAUUCACAUCAAGUUUAAAGACACUGGAAGCCAUAGGAACCGAAUUGAGUAUUUAAUAUCUAACUGUUACCAAGACAACCGUCAAAAGACCAGCUCCGUGGCUUUGGCUCUCAACUGGAGAACAAGGGAAGUUUUGAUGCUGGUCGAUACAAAUAAAUCUGAGCCAAAAGUCCUUCGUUUAAAGUACACGCCCAACCAAUGGGAAAAUCUUACUCUGAACUAUGAUGGUGAAAUAAUCCAAGCACAACUGGGACAAACUGUAUCAGAGAGAGUCCCCUUGCAAGGUGAAAUUGAACCUCGACCAAGUGGUUUUAUUGUUGGUAAUUGUGGUCAUUUCCCAAGCUUCACAGGUUUAAUACAAGAGGUUCAAAUCUACCUCUGUAAUCCACGAAGAGAGAAACUGAUGGACAGGCAUUACCUAGACAUAGUAGCAAGUGAACUCAACUCACCAGUGACUUGAACUUCAGCAGCAGAUAUCACCUAACAACUAGACAUAGGACUGUUGAAUUAUUUAGUUAUCACAUGUGUACAUACUUAGGAAAAUAAAUACAAGAUUUAAAA